CGGCGAUUCCACCAUUAUGCAAGCAAAAAGCAUCCUUCUCCUUUGACGUCCAUUCAAAAGUAACUGUGUAUUUAAAAUAACAUUGUUUGACAGCAACAUUUAACAAUAAAAUUGCUGAUAUUUAAUUAGAUUAAUAACUUUUUCUAGGGAUCUUAUAACUUAUACAGUAUUUGUCACAGUUCCGGCAUGCGUGCCGGCUCUCUCUGUUGUUGGUUUUUCUCUCCCUCGUGUCUCACAGGUGGAGCCGGCACGCGUGAUCAGCGUUUCCAUGGGAAUGUUUCAUUGACGUUUAUGCUGACUGUCUGUGACUUUUGGAGCUUCAAAAGAUAAAUCUUCAUUCACUUGCAUUUUAAGGACCUACUGAGCUGAGAUAUUUUUCUAUUUUUCUUCAAAUGUGUUCUGGUGAAGAAAGAAAGUCAUACCCACCUGGGAUAUCAUGAGAACGAGUAAAUAAUGAGAGAAUUUUCAUUUUUGGGUGAACUAACACUUUAAGAGGUUGAGACCAAGUGUCAUUAUGGACAUAUUUAUCCAGGUAUUAUAGACUUUCUUGGCUGUGCAUUCCUCCUGUAAAAUCCCAAAAUUUUUGUGAUUGGGUAAUUAAACAGAUAGAUGAGGCUACUGGGAGUUUUAGCAUGUUGGUUGUAUAUUAAGCAUUCAGUGCUGUUUCGGUAUAGAUGUGCACUGGGCGUAGUUGACUAUUGUGGUUCUUUGCAUUGUUUUUGCUGUAGGACGGGCUGCAAGAUGUACGGAAAACAAAUGGAGUCCACCGCUGGAACCACCGAGCUGACAGACGAGGAGAAGGAAAUUAUCAAUAGCGUGCUGGCGAGAGCCAAGAUGGAAGAGGAUAUGGAGCAGAGAAGGAUUGGGCGUCUGGUAAAUCGCCUGGACAGCAUGAAACGGACAGCCUGCGGUGACGGCUACUCACAUUGUUUGCUCUGCGGCCAGCAGUUCGGCCUGGUGGGCGUCAACGCAGUUGUGUGUGCCGACUGUAAAAAGAACAUGUGCACCAAGUGUGGCGUUCAAAGCAGCAGACGUUCCAGUCCAGUAUGGCUGUGCAAAAUCUGUUGCGAACACAAAGAGAUGCUGAAGCGGUCUGGUGCCUGGUUUUUCAAGGGUUUUCCACAGCAGGUUUUACCCGCUCCUUUACCGAUCUCUAAUCAGAGAGAGUUCAGUACCACCAACACGCCGGCUUCUACAAACCCAACAACCAAUCGGGAGUCUUCUAAACCUUUACACCCACAAAAUGGAGAAAGCACACAGGUUAUUGGCAGAGAGCAGCAGAUAUCUGCAGAAAUGAUGCCCCUUAAACGAGAGGAGCGUUCUGCCAUAACCCAAAGAGCCCAAGAGGAAGACAGAGGGAGACAGUCUUUUAGCAGGAGCACAAUUCAGUCCAAAAUCGCAGUGGAAGGACAAACUUACUCACCUGUGGUGAAGAGGGAAGUACCGGUCCUGAGUUCCAGACCUCCAGCAUCAACCUUCUCUACCACCCCCAUCCUAAAAGGAAUUCUAGAUCCAGUGAGUGGACCGGAGGCCAGGGUACCACCUGCUAUGCAGACCGACGCAAGUUUGCCAGCUGCCAACAGCGUUCCUGCUUCACGCCAGCCACCACCCCCCACUGUAGAGGAUGAAGAGGACGCCAACAGCUACGAUUCUGACGACGCCACCACCCUGGGCAUGUUAGAGUUCAGUCUGCUCUACGAGGAGGAGAAGAACGAACUGCAAUGCAAUAUAAUCAAAGCAAAGGGUCUCAAGCCCAUGGACUCUAAUGGUCUGGCUGAUCCUUAUGUUAAAUUGCACUUGCUUCCAGGAGCCAGCAAGUCAAACAAGCUACGGACCAAGACUCUUCAUACCACCCUGAAUCCUGUGUGGAACGAGACACUUGUUUAUCACGGUAUCACCAAUGAAGACAUGCAGAAAAAGACACUCAGGCUCUCUGUCAGCGAUGAGGACAAGUUCGGCCAUAAUGAGUUUAUCGGUGAGACGCGGGUGGUCUUGAAAAAACUCAAGCUGAACCAGAAGAAAAAUUUCAACGUUUGUCUUGAAAGAGUGGUUCCGGUGAGACGUACAGCUGCCGCAGGGGCGUCUCGUGGCAUGGCACUCUAUGAGGAAGAGUUAAAGGAUGAUGAAGAAGCAGAGGAGAGGGGGCGUAUCUUGAUUUCUCUCACCUACAACAGCCAACAAGGUCGCCUGAUUGUGGGUGUGGUUCGAUGUGCUCAUCUAGCGGCAAUGGAUUCCAAUGGCUAUUCUGACCCGUUUGUAAAGAUCUGCUUGAAGCCUGACAUGGGGAAGAAAGCAAAGUAUAAGACUCAGAUCAAGAAGAAGACCCUUAACCCUGAGUUUAAUGAGGAGUUCGGCUACGAGAUCAAGCAUGCGGAACUGGCGAAGAAGACUUUGAAUAUCUCUGUCUGGGAUUACGACAUGGGGAAAUCUAACGACUUCAUAGGUGGAUGCCAGCUUGGUAUCACGGCUAAAAGCGAGUGUUUGAAGCACUGGUAUGAAUGUUUGAAGAACAAGGACAAGAAGAUAGAACGAUGGCAUGUUCUGUUGAAUCAAAACAAUGUUGAGGUGGAUGACUAAGAUGUUACAUCUCCAAAUAUCUCAACUUCCAACAGCAAACAAUCCUAUCUUCCAAAAAACGUUUAUCUAAUUUCCAAUGUUCAGUUGGUAAUAACAGUACUUUUGAUUUCAUUCAGAAAAAAAUCUUUUGUCCUUACUGAAACCCUGUGAAGAGCUGCUUUAAUUAUAAAAGCUAAGGAAAAUCUAGUUAUUUUGUUCUCAGUUGGAAAACGGCCCCAACUGGUGGCAGUUCAUCUCCGCCUCUUCGGACCUGGGAGGGUGACAAAGUGAGGGAAAAAACAGGGGGGAGGGGGGCGUGCUCUUCCGGCCCCAACUGGCGGUAGUUCAUCUCCGCCUCUUCAGACUGGGAGGGUGACAAGGGGAGGGAAAAAACAACAACAACAACAAAAAACAAGAGGGAAAGGCCAACACGGAGCAACAGUGGGAGAGAGAGAGGAGAGAGAGAGAAAAAAAGUUACUCGCCGAUUCUCCGAUAUGCCAUAGCCUGGUCCUCGGCCACUCCUCCACCCUCUAGUGCACAACAGCCGUGCCUCCCCGAGCGGAUCGGAGGCAGUCCUCCAGCCCCUGGCAGACGGAACGCCCCGUAGCGUUUUCGGCGGACGGUAGGGGUCUCCCCCGCCCCUGGCAGCGGUUCUCCCGCUCCAGGUGGUCGGCCAGGAGCCCCUCCCUGCUCGCGGUCGGCAGUCCACUCUUGACUCUACCGCGUUUUAGCGCCCGGUAGGGGUCUCCUCCGCCCCUGGCAAUGGCCCUGAUCACUCCAGGCGGUCGGUUAGGAGCCCCUCCUCCCCUCACGGUCAGCAGCCAUUCCCCCGCUCUCAGGCGGCCGGGCUCCUCUGUCCCCCGGCGGAUGGCCGCGGCUGCUCCGUUGGGGUGGAUGGUAGUGGCGAGGACUCUACUACGGCGCAUCCCUCCUCCUUCCUGGGCUUCGGCACCAGUGUAACAAGGUAAAAGGGAAAGGAGGAGGCGAGAACCGGCUUGACAAUAUAAAUAAUAUUUAAUGGUAAACUUAAACAAAAAGACACAAACAUAAACACAUGCAGGGCAGCUGCCCGUAACUCUCUCUCUUGAACUGCCGCCUCCGGUUGCCUUUAUCCGUCUUGAGGGCUUGAUUAGCCUGAUUAGGGGCCAGGUGUGCAUCAUCAUGACCUGGCCACAUCCUCCUCCCUGCCACAAAAGCCUUAAAGAAUAAAACCCUCAUGAAAUCAUAAGUGACGUAAAUCUCUUAGUCAUUGAACAAUGCAACUAAAUACACUCAAGGAUGCUGAAAAGGACUAAUCAUAUAAAACAUCUUGCCAAUUCUUAAAGAAAAAUAGCAUUUGAAAAUGCUGCUUACUGCUAGUGUAGAAUUUUGACAUUAAAAAUAUACCCAGUCAUUUCAUAUGUGUUUUAUUGAUUUAUAUUUGUUUCAAUCAGUGUGUUACAGAUGAGGAAUACUGUGUGUACAACAAAUUGUGACUAUGAAGUUUUGAAAAAGAAUAUUUCGAGUUUUGUUUAAAUGGCAGGUUGUCCUUUUUCAAUAUUGUAUCAAUUACAUAUAGAAAAUGCCCCGUUGUAAUGUGCAUGGAAUUCAUGGACACGUGUUCUUCAAUUAUACGUUAUUGUCAUUAAGUUUGAGUUUAUUUCUGCAUCUAUAAUAUGUUUACAGGUAUGAAUACAGGCUUGUUAACUCAAAAUUCCCAGUAGUGUUCUCAUCAAGUUAUUGCCUAUGGAUCCCUGGCGUGAAAUGUUUAUACAUCGUAGUAAACAAGGAUAUUUCCUCAAGCUGUCUGGAAUCUGGCACAAACUGAGUGAACUGUUUUAACAGUCUCUGGUAUGAGUUGCCAUUUGGAGGGGGGUUUUUGUGUUGUUUCUAGUGUCAAGGUUAUAUUCUUUAAAAUCAUAUCACAGUUCUCUGGCCUUCGAACAGUGACGACAAAUUCAAACGUAACUGGGUCUUUCAUCUACUUCCGUCAUGUUUACUCACAUUAUUAUGUAAUUGCUUAACCGCAUGUUCCAUCCAAGUUGUGCCCAUUGCUCCCAUGCAAACAAAAAAUAAAUAAAAAUAAUGUGCA